AUGAUUUAUGACAAUCUUACUAAACUCCUUCCUCCUGGUACUAAACGCAACACAAUACUAAAACAAACUCAAAGAGCAAGAAGCAUAUACAAAUUAUUUGAGAAAAUAGGAAUUGAUAAAAUUAAGUAUAUCACAACAUAUAGUGCGAAUUCUAUAUUGGAAUUAUCUGAUAGUCAAAUUCAAACUAUUAUUGAUUAUUUCUCCGAAAAUCCCAACACUGAAUUUUCAGAUGAUCGGGAUGACCCUAUUACUGAUUCCGAAGAGGAGAUUUCGAAUGAUCAGGAUAAUAUAUUGGACGAGCAAGCAAACCUCUUGGUUUCAGCAACGCGGGUUGAGGACGAUUUUGAUAAAAUGAUCAUGGAAACUUUCGAGGAGGAAGAGGCUAGGAUAGAGAAAGAAAGAGAGAACAAGGCAUCAUCAAAUGUAGUAACUCCGGCUAAGGUAAAUGUCUAUGAUUAUGUGUAUUUUGAUGAUGAAUUUGAUCGUAAUCUUUCAAAUCCCAUACCUCGGCUAGAUAAAGGAACAAACGAAAAUGAGACAGAAGAUAAUAGCGACACCCUCGAAUCUUACUUAACCAGAACUGCACCCAGUUCCGUGUCAUACUUAGGGUUUUUGGAAUCAAACCGCUCUUUAGUUGUCAAAACACCUCCAUUGUCAGAAAAUUGGAAAGGACUCAAUGGAGCGUGGUACAGCCGAUAUUUGCAAACAUCAAAAAGAUUGAAUUUACCACCAAUGGUGCAAGUCGUAGAAGAGAAUCGUGUAAAAGGAACUAUUCGAUCAAAAACAAUUGAUAUAUACCAAGCUGUGGGGGAGAACGUUGGUGAUGAAAUCGUGGACGAAUGCCAACAAUCAUCGAAAAGACUCAAGAAGGACGAACAAGGACAAAGUCGAUCAAGAAGCGGAGCAGAUUAUCAUUCAGAAAAUAAUGUUGAAUCACAGGAUCCAGUCUCUGCAUCUGAUUAUGAUGAUUCGGACGUAUCUGAUCAGGAAGCGAUUGAUAAUCAAGAAGUUAAGGAAGCGACAAAUGAUAAAGUAGAAGUGACGAAGAAAAACAAAACGGGACCACUUAGACUAAGCGAAGCAAAUAGAAAGAAG